AUGAAUUGUUCUCAUUCCCAUCAGCAAGGUGAUGAUACCAUUGAUUCUUCCAACACCAGCAAUAACAAUGGCAAAACAAGUAAUAGCAAUGGAACAACAACUAGCGGUACUACUAGUUGUGGGCAACAGAAUGAUCACGUGAUCGCCACCGUUACAAAUCCUUUGACAAUCCAUUCAAAUUCACCACAAUUUCAACCGACCAAGAAAAACUUGGAUGAUUCCGAAUUAAUUUCUAUGGAUUUAAAUCAGAAUGAAUCAGCCCCUUUUCAACCUGCCCAAGCAAUGACACAAGCUCAUGCUUUCACUGGUACUAGUAGCGUCACUCAAAAGGAACCUCACACACCUAUCGACGAUGAAAGAGAAUUUCUCUUGACAUUACAGGACAAAAAUGUCUUGCCUCCACCUCAUACACUUUCCAUCAAAGAGGUGACUACACAGUUUCAUACCAAUGCAGAGCACGGACUCUCUACAACACAGGCACAGGAAAGAAUUCAACUAUUUGGAAGAAAUGAAUUGAAGAGUCAAGGUGGAAUUAAUUUAUGGAAACUGUUGGCGUUUCAUUUAUUCACUUUUAUGAAUUUAAUUCUUGCAGUUGCUAUGGUGAUUUCAUUUGCAGUCACUGAAUGGGUGGAUGGAGGCGUGGUUGCAUUUAUUAUUGUGUUAAAUAUCAUUAUUGGUGUCUUACAAGAAUAUCGAUCUGAAAAGUCCAUGCAAAAACUAAAACGUAUGCAACACACCUUUACCAAAGUGGUUCGAAGCGGAACACACAGUGAAAUUCCAUCUCAUCAACUUACAUUGGGAGAUGUCAUCAUGUUGGACGAAGGUGAUCAUGUACCUGCUGAUUGUCGACUCAUCUAUACAGCUCAAUUAGAAUGUAUGGAAGCAAUUUUAACAGGAGAAUCCGAACCAGUGAAAAAGAAUGCCAAUGUCAUCUUUGCACAGAAUAAGGAAAGUGCAAGAAUUACUGUUCCUCAAGCCUCAAAAAAGAAGAAGAGAUGGCCAACCUCAAGAAGAAGUAGUAUUGCAGAAACACCAACCACCACUGAUGCUCGAAAGAGUGUUAACGAUGGAGGCGUUCCAAACACAUCGUUUGAUGCAACUAAUAGAACUUCAAUAUUUUCUCUUACAAGACCAUCCUUCUCGGUUCUUUCCGCCUCUGAAGGCAAACCUCAUCAUGGAAAACAACCAGUGGUCGAUGUAGGAGACCGAAUUAACAUGGUCUUCAGUGGUACAACAGUGACAAGAGGAAAAGGUCGAGCUGUUGUAGCUGCAAUUGGUAUGCAAACAGAAAUUGGUGCCAUUGCUCAAUCUAUUUCCAAGCAUACACGACAAAGAUCAAAAUUACAAAAAAGAAUGGCUUUACUGGGAUUAGUUUUGGUCAUUGCUGGUGCAAUUUGCACAGGAUUGGUAAUAUUGGCUGCUUAUCUGCAUAAAUCAAUGCCAUUGUUUCCUGAUGCGUUGACUGUUGGAGUGAGUACUGCUAUUGCAAUUAUUCCUGAAGGUUUGAGUCCAGUUCUCACCCUAACUAUGACCAUUGGAGUCAUGAGAAUGGCCAAACAGCAUGCCAUUGUUCGAAAAUUGGAUUCCAUUGAAACUCUUGGAAAUGUGACAGACAUUUGCAGCGACAAAACAGGAACCAUAUCUGAAGGUGUUAUGGCAGUAAAAGAAUGUAUUCUCUCCAAUGAUAUGGUUUUUCAAAUUUUGGGAGAUGAUAUCGAAAUGAAAGAGGUUACUAAAACCUUACAAGCUGCACACACUUCUUCGACAAGCAACAAUGUGACCAAUUCUGCAAUGGAGACUGCAUCUGCUGCUGUUCCUGCCAAGACAACCCCAAAAUUGACCUCUUCAUCUCCAUUGGUGUUGGUCGAUAUAGGAUUAAAACAAAGGCAAGAUCAAAUGGAUACUCUCUCGCAAGCUCAACCAACAAUUGUAACAACCGAUUACAUUAACCAAGAAAAUGAUUUGUUAAAAACCUUUCUCAUGAUUUCAUCCAUGUGCAAUGGCUGUAGUCUAUCGAAAGGAAAUGUUGAGGUCACAACAACUACUUCAAAACGAAAGAAACGAGGAAAUAUUUUCAAAAGAGUGAAAGAAUUUAAGAAGAAGAAGAUUGGAAAAACUUCACCCCAUGAAUUAAAACCAUUGAAGAGUGGAGAACCUGGAAGUGAGGAAGAAGAGCUCUAUGUUGGAGAUCCUACCGAAAUAGCAUUGAUGACUCUUGCUCAACAGUAUGGAUUGGGAAAGAAGCAUUUGGAACGCUCAGAUUCUUCCACUGAAGCGACCAGUAUCGAAGAAGAAUUACAAGAGUAUGAUUCCACUCAGCUGUUUACACUCUUUCAGGAAUAUCCGUUUGACAGUAAUUUGAAAAGAAUGAGUGUUAUUUAUACGAAAAGGUCCAAAAGAAAACAAUCAACAGGAGAGGAAACUGAAACCAUUGAAACUAACAAUGAUGAUAGGAUGGAAGACGAUGAAUAUAUUUUUGUUAAGGGUGCGCCAGAGCACGUACUCAAUUUUUCCACACACUAUUACACAAGUGAAAAACAUGUUGGAGUGAAUCAAUGGUCUGUCACCAAUCAUGAUAGCAGCAAUGAGGAUUCGAAACAAACUGUAGCUCCCGUCACACAACGGUAUUUAGACCAUUUGAGACGACAAAACGAGCUAUUGGCAAAAAAAGGACUACGUGUCCUUGCAUUAGCAUUUCGAAAACGAGAGCAUUUACCCCAUUUACUGUCCAAUUCAACCAAUGCAACAACCUCUGAAAAUACUUUGGAACAUGAGAAAACUCAGGAAGAGAAUCCCAAAGAUGAAAAGAGGCCAUUGUUGACGAUUACAUCUUCCACGACGGACACCAAUUACUAUGAAAGGUCUCAAGUAGAAAAAGAUUUAAUUUUUGUUGGACUGGUCGGUAUUCAAGAUCCUCCAAGACAAGGUGUGAAAGAAUCCAUCAGUAUUUGUCACCAAGCAGGAAUUACUGUGAGAAUGAUCACAGGUGAUCACAAAGCUACAGCCGUCGCCAUUGCCAAACAAGUUGGAAUGGUCACUCCUGAACUAUUGGCAUCACCUCAAUCCAAUCAAAUCGCCAUGAAUGCUCAUGAUUUUGAUGCAUUGACCGAUGAAGAGCUACGUAACUUGAAAGAGUUACCAAUCAUUAUUUCCAGAUGCUCACCAGAAAGUAAGGAACGAAUGAUUCAUGCUCUACAUCAGAGAAAAAGAGGAACUGUAAUGUGUGGAGACGGAAUUAAUGAUUGUCCAUCCAUUAAGGCUGCUGAUGUUGGUAUUGCAAUGGGAAAGUCAGGAAGUGAUGUCGUCAAGGAUUGUGCAGAUAUAGUAUUAACCGAUGAUAACUUCUCAACCAUUGUGGUUGCUGUUAAAGAGGGACGACACAUGUUUGAAAAUAUUCGAAAAUUUGUGAGCCACUUGCUGGCAGGAAAUGUUUCAGAAACGAUUUUGUUGGUAGUUAGCUUGUUAAUUGGAUUGAAACCUCCAUUGAAUUCUAUUCAAAUUUUAUGGCUUAAUAUGAUUACUGGAACUGGUCCUGCAUUUGGUUUGGGAAAUGAAAAACCACGUAAAGGAAUAAUGACCAAGUCAUAUAGUGGUAAACUUUUUGCACCAGAAACUAUUAUUGAUAUUUUCUUUUUUGGAUCAUUGAUGGGAUUGCUUUCAUUGGCAAGUUUUCUCAUAGCAACCAAAGCUAUGAACGUACCGCUGCAAGAAGCCCAAACCAUAACGUUUGUGACUUCCACCGUUUUACUCUUGUUACAUGCCUAUAAUUGUAGAAAUUCCAGAAGACCGUUCUUUUUGGAUGGUUUUUACAAUAGUAGACUAUUACAUUUCUUUGUACUAUUUGGAGCUGUGACGACUAUUUCCACUGUUUAUAUUCCAUGGGUCAACUCGAACAUAUUUCAUCAGACCAUGAUUCCUGCUUUUGAUUGGAUUAUAGUGUUGCUUGCAGCUUUAAUAUUCAUGGGAUUGUCUGAGAUUUAUAAGUGUUGUAAAAGAAUUCUUCUGGUUACCAUUGUUGAGAGAAUCAGAAACUAUCGUCGUCAUGGUCUGGAGAACAUUGUUUAA